CGAUCUAACACCACUCAUCAAUUCACAAUGGUUCAGUGGACAGCUGAGAAAGAUCAGUUGCUGCUCAAGGGAGUGUUCCAGUUCAACAACAUCACGUUCAGCAAGCCGCUCCUCGAGCAUCUAGCUUCAAUGGUCGGCGAAGAUUGUACGCCUAAAGCUGUCUCCCAUAGACUCAACAAUAUAAAGAACAGCGGCAAGCCCACCAAGGCUCCUGGUUCGGCUUCUUCUUCUCCGGUCAAGGGUGCUGGUGUCAAGAAGACCCAAGCUGGUCGGGGCAAGAAGGCCAAGGCCACCGACAGCGGCGCGAGCGACGAAGGUCAAGACAAUGACACGCCCACUCCUGCGGCUGCGCCAGCCCCCCGCAAGCGCGGUCGCCCAAAGAAGUCCGCAGUCAACGUUGCAACCGACGAUCAAGGCGAUGAAGAGCAGAUGCAGCCCAAGCAAAAGAAGGUCAAGUCUGAGCAGACUGAGGAUGUCAUGCCCGAGUCGGAAAACGAAGAUGUUUAA